AUGAAUCUUUGCGUCUUCCUUUCAUUCGCAUUCCUGCCAGCGCUCGAACCACGUCUGGUUAGGACAAGCUAUGGAUUUCUGGAAGGCAUGCCAAUCAAAUCAAUCAAAAAUACCACAUGCUGGAUAUUCAAGGGAGUGCCGUUCGCGCAACCUCCAGUUGGCGAAUUCAGAUUCAAACUGCCUAUACCUCCAAAACCAUGGGAAGGUGUGAGAUCAGCAAAGCAGUACAGCGCUGCAUGUUUAACUAACUCUUCAACUGCCAUGAAUCAAGCAGAACACAUCAGUGAGGACUGCCUAUACAUGAAUAUUUUCGCUAGCGAAAGAUGCCGCUCAGGAAUUGUCUCUUGUCCUGUGAUCUUUUACAUUCAUGGAGGUGCACUAUACAAGGGGUCUGCGAUUAUGUUCGAUGACCAGUAUAUCACCGACCGCUACUCGUCAAAAGACAUCGUAUUUGUUACAACCGCUUUUCGACUAGGAUUUUUUGGUGUGCUAGCGUUCGAGACAGACGACAUUGUGCCACGAAAUCUUGCACUUUACGAUAUUAUCUCCGGUCUAAAUUUUACGCAUAGUGAAAUAGCAGCUUUUGGGGGUGAUCCGACAAGAGUCACCGUGAUGGGACAUUCGCAAGGUGGCAGCAUUGCAAUGAUACUUGCUGUGUCAAGCAUCGUAGAUCCUGAUAAGCGCUUAUUUCAACGACUCAUUGCUACUAGUCCUGCGCUGAACUAUAUCAAUUCAACAAUUCGUGGAGAUUUAACUUGGAGAGUAGCAUAUGAAGUAGGGUGCACCAAAUCAGCGAAACGUCCUCAUCCUACGCCUUUGGUGGAACUUGGACGAGUUGUCGAUUGCUUACGAUCUGUCAACGCGUUCGAUCUUCUUGCACGACAACGAUCAUUAGAAGAUAAUGAAAAGUUGCUGUUUGAUGGAGUUUUAUUUGCACCGCCUUUCGUAAGGAACGACACACUCUUUCGAGACUUUUUAUCAGACUGUACUCCGAGACCAAUGAUGUGCAGUUCAACACGCGACGAGUUUAAUUUUCAAAAAAGCGACGAUACGUACGACAUUGGUGCUUUUCUUAUGGUUGCUCAUCCGACUGAAGUACGAGAUAAAUAUUAUGAGGACAAAAAGUCAGGAAAAAUAAAGGAUGCGUAUCUAACACAAGUAGUAUUUACUCUCAAUGUAAUGUUUGGUUCGAGAUUCGUCGAGAAAGGUUCUGAUGUAUAUUUGAUGGAGUACGGAGGCUGCAGUGAAGAACUUCGCAUAUUGGAUGUGAAGGGCAAGUUACAGUGGAGUGAUGAACGCGUAGACCAUUUUGCCAUGCCGUGA